CACCCCAAAGCGAGAUAGAAACGGGAUGGGAAGAAAGGUGGCAAAUAAUGUGCAUAAAUCCAGCUUUGUGUGGGAGAUAAACCUUUUUUCCUGUAUUUUUGUAUGUGUCAGUGCCAACAAGCAGUUGUACACGGCCCACUGGGAAAAUCUGCUAAAUGUCACUGAUGGCGUGACUGAGUGUCCGUGCAAAGCCAUCGGAGACUGUUGAACACUUUUACGGCUGAUGCACAGUGGCAUGUAUACAGAGAGCAAAUCUGUGGGUGUUUUUUCUUUUUUUUUGUGUGUAUGUUUUAUUAGUUUUGCGGGAAUCCUGUGUUCCUAACUAGAGCUACAACAUCUAUACUUGGUUGUUUUCAAGUGUUAAUGAUGAGCAAUAUCACAAACCAGUUAAUUAGGUCAAAGCGGCAUAACACACUUGUUAAGCAUGUUAUUUGCAUGCCUUCUCCAAACAUUUUCUAGCGCUUCUGCAGCAUCACAUUUCCACAACCUCCACCUACUCCUCCGCCUCCUCUUCUUCCUUCUUGUGGACUAUAUCCACUCGUCCACAUGCAGCCUGCGAGUGAGUCACUGUCUUCUCCCUUACAUAUUCCCGCCAGUGAUGGGUGUUAUUAUUGCUGUGGGCAGUCUGCAUGUAUGUGGGAGAAAGUGGCACUACAUCAGUAAAGGAGAAUGCACAGUACAUACAGGUUAUGCCCUGUGGUCUGAGUGCGAAGGCACGUGGAUAUUCAGAGUAAGAACUCGAAAAUCAAAUGAUCCACUGAAUAUGUACAAAUAGUUUUCACAAGUGUACAACACCACUAUUGUAUAAAUAGGUGAUUGAAACCUCUAUCAUCUAUCCCAACGGUUGGCUCAAAAUAUUAGGAACACAUCUUGGUUUUAUCCAGUGCAGUUCAGCAACAUGCACUGCACUCUCUGCAAACUACAACCAUGAAAUAGCCACAUUGUUAUCAGAUUUUCUGUCUGUAUCGCUUGUGUGGCAUGCGCUUGAUGUUGUGGCCAGUGUGCGGGGGUCGGUUACUUUCUGUUAAAUUUGGACAUAAUAUAUUUUCAUUUGGGACACCUGGAUGUUGACAGAUAUGAACCUGAUCUCCCAAUUAUUUGAAAUGAUGUCCACUUUUCUUAUUUCGGUCAUGUGCCAGCAAAUUGGUAGUUAGGAAAACUAUACAGGAUAGAAAGCAUGGAAUUUGGGUUGGAGGAACAGAUCAUAUAGUUGUUUAAUUCGUUAUCACCCAGAAUGUAUCCUUCUAUUUUUUUAACCUUUAUGCCUGCUGUUUUGCUUACCUUUCCAGUUUUCAUAACGUGCUCCUCUCGGUUAUAAAUAAAGAUUGUUAUGGUGUGCUUGAAUAACAGCAGAAGACUGGUCGCUUGACUUGCUCAUAAAUUGUUUUUCUCGGUGCAUGCAUUGGAAAGGGCGGUGGCGCUGACAAAAAAAAAAAAAAAAAAGAGACGGAAAAGAUUUUUGUCGGAUGCAUUUCACAAUAAUCAGCUGCAGAUGGAAAUUGGCUGCUCCCGGAUGACCUUGAGUGAUCGAUAUGUCAGUAAAAAUGAACUCUUUCGACGAUUAGGUGUAUUUAUUCUUCAUUAGAUAAUUUUAUCAGAGCUAAAAUGAAAGCUGCAUCGUUUGAGCGAGCCCCCUCCCUCCCUUUGCCCACACAUCAACACCACAGCACAGGGAAGAGCGGGAGGAGGAGAGAAAUCAGUCUUGCUCGGAGGGCAAACAUUUUCAUCCACAACAACGCAAACAUGGACACGCAGGGAGAAAAGAAAGCGGAAUGGGCACCAGCGAGGUAGCAGGUGGCGUUCUGCACGUAGUCAUGCAGACCAUUUUCUUGCUCUCAGCUUGGCGGAAGAUACGCAUCUGAUUUUACAAAGACAGAUUUCUUUAUUUAAAAUUUUUGGAUGCACAUAGUGCCUCCCUGCGAUGGCAGCAACAGCACGUUACGGAUUAUGUGUAAUUAUUUUGAUAUAUGGUGGCUGUACGAGGGGGCAGAUUCACUACUCCAUUCCGGAGGAACUGGAGAACGGCGCACAGGUGGGUGAUAUUGCCCAUGAUUUGAGUGUGGACCUAAGGAAACUUAUCACCCGUCGCAUUCGUGUGACGCCUGAAAGUGGACGGAGAUAUUUCAACGUUAAUCACAAAAGUGGGAAGUUGGUGGUGAGUGACCGUAUAGACCGAGAGAGCCUGUGUAAAGUCGAUGGCACCUGUAUACUCAGCCUUGAGGUGAUUUUGGACCACCCUGUGGAAGUGCACAAGGUCGAGGUGGACAUUCUGGACGUUAACGAUAACGCACCGAGCUUCCCACAUUUGGAGUAUCUGCUAGAAGUGUCAGAAUCUGCUCUGACUGGAUCAAAGUUCCACAUCGAGGCCGCUCAAGAUCCAGAUGAUGGCUCCAAUUCGGUCAAGCAGUACCGCCUCAGCCCCAACCAGCAUCUAACUCUAGACUCUGUUAAGCCCUUCUCUAAUGACAAGCACAUUGAGCUUAUUCUGAAAAAGCCCUUUGACCGGGAACAGAUGCCAUCUGAUCGGCUCAUCCUGACAGCAGUGGAUGGAGGCACCCCGCAGAGAAGCGGCACAGCCAAAAUCAACGUACGCAUUCUUGACGCAAAUGACAACGUGCCUGCUUUUGACAGCUCGGUGUACAAAGUAAAAGUGUCUGAAAACUCCCCAAAAGGUACCCUUGUGAUUCAGUUAAAUGCCACAGACCUCGACGAGGGCUCCAAUGGGGAGGUUUUUUACUCAUUCAGCAGUUACACUCCUGAACGGGUCAGACAGAUGUUUUCCAUGGAUCCAGACUCAGGGAGGAUAACAGUGAAGAGCAAUAUAGACUAUGAGGAGAUGAACUCAUAUGAAAUCUACAUUCAGGCGAUGGACAAGGGCCCUGCCGCCGUGGCAGUGCACUGUAAAGUAGUGGUCGACGUUUUAGACGUUAAUGACAACGUCCCUGAAAUUGUCCUGUCAUCUCUCUCAAUUCCUCUACGUGAGGACGCCCGUGCAGACACCGUCGUUGCUAUGAUCAGCGUUAACGACCGAGAUUCGGGACCUAAUAAGCAAGUCAUGCUGGAGCUGAUGCCUCGGACACCCUUCAAAAUCAAAUCCUUCCGCGCCCACCAUACUGUCGUCACCUCUGCAUUCCUGGAUCGUGAAACCGUCUCAUUCUACAACAUCACCAUACGUGCCAUAGAUGGAGGAACUCCCCCUCUGUCGUCACAGUUGACCUUUAAAGUCGAUGUUGCCGACAUAAACGACAACCCUCCUCGAUUCGAGCAGACCUCAUAUACUGUUUACAUCAGCGAAAACAAUGCGGUUGGUUCGCCGCUGUGUACCGUCAAAGCCACAGAUGCAGACACAGCAGAAAAUGCACGCAUCACCUAUACCAUCCUCAAUGACAACAAUCACGGCAUCCCUGUGACGAGCUACGUCGGCAUCAAAACCCACACAGGUGAAGCCUACGCCCUGCGAGCUUUUGACUUUGAAAAGCUGAGACAGUUUCACUUUCAGGUGAAAGCCCAGGACAAGGGCAUGCCCCCGCUAAGCCGCGUGGCCACGGUGUAUGUUUAUAUUAUGGAUCAGAACGACCACGAGCCAAGGAUAGUGUACCCACCUGCCAACGGGAGCCAUACCACAGAGACAUUACUGAAAAAUGCUGAGCCCGGAAUAUUGGUAACAAAGGUGGUGGCGUGGGAUGGGGACGCAGGGCAGAACGCUUGGCUGCUGUAUACCUUUCAGCCGCCCGACAUGGAGUUUGACCUCUUCAAGGUACACGAGCAUACUGGUGAGAUCCGCACCACGAGGCGCGUCAUUGAGGAGAACUCGACGUCCUUUGCGCUGACUGUUCUGGUGCGUGAUAAUGGCCUGCCUCCGCUCUCAUCCACCGCAACUGUCCACGUGCAUGUGAUGGAGCUCAUGCCUAAAUUGACCCCUGACCCAAAGCGUAUCAUCAGGCCCGAAAGCCCCUUGAUGUUUUCCCAUGUCACGAUCUACCUCAUCAUCGCCCUGUGUGCCACCACCUUUGUGUUCUUGGUCACUGUCUGCGUGCUGGCCAUCGUGCGUUGCCAUGCCUACUGCACCCAGCCUGGCUCCUGCUCCCCUUGCUGUGUGUCCAAGAAGAGACUGCCUGAGGCUAGCAGCACCGCAGCUGCCGGUGGAGUCGCAGGACGACCCGCAUCAGGUGGAAGCCAGCCAAGUGCCAAUGUGGCCCUGCGCCGAGAUCUUAAAGUCGAACCGCAUUACAUUGAAGUGCGGGCCAAUGGGUCGGUCACCAAAACAUACUGUUAUAAAACGUGCCUGACAGCGACUUCUGGAAGUGACACGUUUAUGUUCUACAACACGGGACGACCCCACAGUGGCACCUGGGGCUCGGGCUAUGUCACCAGCCACAGCGGACACAGCCAGAUAAUUGUUCGCCGUCUCAGUAUGCCAGAUGCGACUGCCAUUCAGCCUAAGGCGCCACAUUCUGACUGGAGAUAUUCAGCUUCCCUGAGAGCAGGUGGUGUCAUGCAGAGCUCAGUACACAUGGAGGAGUCCUCAGUGAUGCAGGGAGCCCAAGGAGUUCUGGUCCAGAACUGGCCCACAGCAUCAAGCGCUGCUGAUGCUGAAGGGGGAGAGGUGUCGCCCCCAAUGGGUGCCGGAGUUGACAGCAACAGCUGGCACUUUCGCUAUGGCCCCGGGGGUCCCGGUGCACCCCCGCAGCACCUGAAGGCCGGCGAGGUUCCCCCAGAGGCGUUCAUCAUCCCUGGCUCCCCCGCCAUCAUUUCUAUUAGACAGAACCAGGGAGGAGACGACGAUAAGAGUGACUUUAUCACCUUCGGAAAGAAGGAGGAGGCCAAGAAGAAGAAAAAGAAGAAGAAGGACAAGAAGGACAAAAAGGAUAAAGGGAAAGAUGAUGACGAGUAAAGAAGCAAAGUGAAAAUUGGCAAAGAAAAAAAAGGGUGUUGUUAAAACAGAGGUCCCAACCAAAGUCCACUGGGUUUGUUUUUAACCUGGCCUUUACCUUCAGUCACCUGCUGAAGUAAAUUAGUGAUCUUGCCUUGAUAAAUAAAAGAUUGAUUUUCAUCCAUGCCCCCAUGUGCCUAUACACCCCGAGUCAAUAACCAUGUGCGACCCGGCCCCC